AUGCCUCCGCGGCCCAAAGAAAAUGUCUGGAACUAUCCGAGACCGCCCGCGCUCCAGCCCACCGCGGCUAGGCUCAGGGUCGUCUGGGUCACGCCUUCCAAGCAGGAGCUCGUGAUCGCAGAGACCACCCAGGGCUACCGCGUUCUCGAGACCUCUCAUCCACCCACCUACUACUUUCCUCCCUCGAGCGUCAAGAUGGACCUCAUCAAGCCCUCCAAGGCUCGCCGCACCAUGUGCGAGUGGAAGGGGAUGGCUGCCUACCACGACCUCCAGUUUAGCAAGGACCACGGCCCCGUCGUCAGCGGCCGCAUCUGGUCCUACCCGCAGCCCACCCCCGCUUUCGCCUCGAUCAAGGACUACCUCUGCUUCUACGCUUCCAGCCAGACGGAUGCAGAGCGCCUCGGACACUGGAAAUGCAUGGUCGACGACGAUGAGGUCAUGCCGCAGGAGGGCGACUUCUAUGGUUCCUGGAUCACUCCCGAAAUCACAGGCGGUGAUCGAGGCUUCAAAGGAGCUCCAACGGAAGCCAGCACGAGCACUUUGGAACGCGACCCUCUGGCCACCUACAAGGGCUUGACAUUUGCAGAGACUCUCGAAGACCUCAGCAGUCGCUUCAUCGUCAACCUGCCCUCGGACGAGCUUUCGAGCAUCGAGCGCAUCUGCUUCCAGGUCGAACAGGCCCACUGGUUCUACGAAGACUUCCUCCGACCUCUCAACUCCUCCCUACCCUCGCUCGCGCUGCGCCGCUUCUCGUCCUAUCUGCUUCACACCGCUUCCAUGAUCGUGCCUCUCAUCCAAAGAUACAUCACCGGCGGCAGCGGUCAGCAAGACCUCGAAGCAGCCUUCGACGAGUUCCUCAAGUACAAGACCCGCGUCCCCGUAUGCGGCGCCAUCCUCCUCGCCGAAGAUUGGAACAAGUGUCUCUUGGUCAAAGGCUGGAAGUCCUCGGCUGCCUGGGGCUUCCCCAAGGGCAAAAUCAACCAGAACGAGCCCGAGCGCGACUGCGCCAUCCGCGAGGUGCUCGAAGAGACCGGCUACGACUGUAGUGCGCUUCUGCCCGAGGACAGCCAAGACUACCUCGACUUGACCAUGCGCGAACAGCGCAUCCGGCUCUACAUCGUCCCGGGCGUCAAGGAGAACACCAAGUUUGAAACCCUCACGCGCAAGGAAAUCUCCAAGAUCGCCUGGUUCAGGCUCAGCGAUCUGCCCACGUGGAAAAAGUCGAAGGAUCCGCCCGCAGGCAUGGGCGGAAAGUUCUAUCUCAUCUCGCCCUUCAUCGGCCGGCUCAAACAGUGGAUCCACAACAACAAAGCAUCGCAUUCAGGUCAGACAGCCGGCAAGCCGGGGCAUGCGCUCGAUGCGGCCCCUGACGCGAUCUCGCAGACCGCGGCCUCAUCAAACCAAGCAUCCUCGGCCGCCGUUCCGUCGUUUGUGGACACGACCUCGCUCUUCCCCUCUUUCUCCGGAGAAGACAAGGCUGCGCAGAAGCCGUCCGAGCCGCUGCCUGCCCCACCUACGAGCGAUAAGCUCAAAUCGCUGCUGGGCCUGUCGUCGCCCGCAUCCGAGCCAGCACGUGCUGCGAUGGCCGACGCCCCGAACCAGCAAGACCAAGCAAGGGUAUUUGAGCAGAUGUUCCCGGGAGUCGGUGCGCACAUGAUCCAGGCAUCGGGCGAUGAACGCGGUCAGCAACUGCUCAGCCUCUUGAUGAAUCAGCCGAAUGCGGGGCCGCAGGCACCUGCGGCAGCCGCGCCCCAGCACAGCCCUCACACGCAGGACCGUGCUGCAUCUCUGCUGGCGGCCUUGAAUGGGCCAUCUUCAGCGAGCGCAAACGCUGCUCGACCAGGACCUGGCGAAGCUGCGCCGGCGAACCCGUUCCUCAGCAUGCUCAACGAUCCAUCUCGCAGCGAGUCUCCUCUGCCCGCCCCACGUCCGCAAAAGUCUGGUCAGGCACAGAAGCUGCUGCAGAUGCUGAGCGCUGGUCACGAUCGAAGCCUUUCGCAGAGCAGCUUCACCUCGUUCGAGGGUAGUUCUGCUCCGUCGCAAGCAGGCGCGCCGCAGCAAGACACCUCGCGCGGCCCGGGCAACCAGUCAGAUGCGCUGCUGCGAAUGCUGCAGCCAUCCUCGCCCCCAAGCAGCUCUCAGUCGCCUCCCUCGCAAGCCGCAACCAAGAAUGAUCUGCUGUCGAUUCUGACUGCUGGCCUGCCCGGGGGCCCCAGGCCAAACCCGAACAACGCGCCGCAGCCUGGACCUGGGCACGGCUAUGGUCCUGCGAUGGGCGGCGCAUUCCAGCCCAACCCACCGUUUUCUUUCCCACCCCCACCGCCGCACAUGCUUCCAGGCGUCAUGAUGCAGCAAGGAGGUGCGGGACCGCAUCCAUUCCACAUGGGAUCCAUGCCGCCCGGCCCUGGUCACGCCCAUGGCGCUCCAACACCGUGGGGCUUCGUGCCACCCCAGCCCAACUUUGCCCCUUACUCCACCGGCCCUCCCUCGUAA